AUGAUUAAAUUAUUUAAAGUAAAGGAAAAGCAGAGAGAGCUUGCAGAGAAUGCAAGUGGAGGACCACCUGUUAAGAAGCAAUCAGCUGGGGAGUUGCGUCUUCACAAAGAUAUAAGUGAGCUUAAUCUCGCAAAAUCUUGUGUCAUACAAUUCCCCAAUGGCAAAGAUGACCUGAUGAACUUUGAAGUUUUAAUCCGACCUGAUGAAGGAUACUAUGUAGGUGGCGCAUUUUUGUUUUCCUUCCAAGUGUCUCCUAUCUAUCCACAUGAGGCACCAAAGGUUAAGUGCAAGACAAAGGUCUACCAUCCAAAUAUUGACUUGGAAGGAAAUGUUUGCCUCAACAUCUUACGAGAAGAUUGGAAACCUGUCCUCAAUAUAAACACUGUCAUCUAUGGAUUGUAUCAUCUCUUCACGGAACCAAAUUAUGAGGAUCCGUUGAAUCAUGAUGCUGCUGCAGUCUUGAGAGAUAACCCGAAGUUGUUUGAGUCGAAUGUGAGGAGGGCUAUGGCUGGUGGGUAUGUGGGGCAAACCUUUUUCUCUCGCUGUAUGUAACCUUUGCUCGAUAACUUCAAGUCCCUGUUAAAGAUGGUUUGUAAAAUUUAUUUUCAAAAGCUGCAUUUCCUUUUCAUCCCUGUCUGUUAGUAUUCUUGGUGGAGGAAGAUGAUAAGAUCUUAACUGGACCAAGCAUUCGAAAGCCAAACAACUCAAGUGUUAUUGUAACUUCGUGCUUGUUUUUGUAAUGUGACAUUAUAUUUUAAAGUGGACCAAGCAAGAACUGAGUUGAGUGGCCAAUACACUGUUAAUUUUCCUGCCUCC